AUGAAGUACUAUUCAAUACAAGUAGAUGCCACACCAGACAGCUCUCAUAUGGAGCAGACUACAUUUAUAUUACGCUAUGUUUUGGAAACAACUACUCAGGAACAGAAUAUUACUUCACUUGUCCUCGAUCAAUUGAAGGUGUGGGAAUUACCAUUACACAAUUGCCGUGGACAGUGCUAUGAUAAUGGUGCUAAUAUGGCUGGUAAAGACAAUGGUGUUCAAGCUCAAAUACUAGAGUUAUACAAAUAUGCAUUGUUCACACCAUGUGCUGCCCAUUCAUUGUACUUGGUACGAGCAAAUGCAGCUGAGUGUUGUCCAACAGUUACAACAUUUUUUGGUACAGUACAAAAGCUAUACACCUUUAUGAGUGUUAGCCCCCAGUGUUGGGAAAUAUUGCUUAAGUGUAUACCCUGUUCAUUGCAUGGUCAGUCUCAUACACGCUGGUCAGAAAGAAUUGAUGCCGUACGACCAGUUGCUGCCCAUUUGCCGGGUAUCUUACUAGCAAUAGGAAGUGUCUCUAAGCUUAAUUUGUCACCAGAAGCAAAAGUCACAGUGGAUGGCUUGCAUGACUACUUUAAUUCUUUUCCUGCUGUAAUUAUGUCAGCAAUAUGGAUCAAGGUUCUCUUAGCUAUAGACAGACGAAACAAGGUUUUACAAGCAAGAAAAGCAACUAUUGAUGUUGAAGUUAAAAAUCUUGAUAGCCUUACAGAUGAUUUAAGUUAA